CUCUCCAUCGCGGAGACAGCCGCCGUUGGGAAGCCAAUCCGACGCCAGUACCGCGACCUGCUGGACCAGUUCCUGUCGUCCAGCAAGCUGGGGGCGCUGGGCGUGGCCGCCACCAUGCUGGAUGCUGCUGCGGUGAGUUUCUUCGACGAGCUGUGCCUGGCAGGGGAGGUCGCCUCAACGGGCGAGAAGCUGAUCGCUGCGAUCGCCAAACGCGCGCCCAGCUACCAGAGCAAGGGCCGCCUGGCGCUGCCCCGCGCCCGCCGCGCGCUGCGAGGGUGGCGGGUGAUGCGCCCGUCGCGGGCCCGCCGCCCGUUGCCCUGGGCGACCUGCAUGGGCGUCGCGCGGCGCCUCUGGCAGAUCAGUGGCGAGGCGGAGAUGGCCAUCUACUGGUUGCUCAUGGCGAACGCCUACCUGAGGCCUGGCGAGGCCCAUCGCUUGACGAAAGGGCAGGCUUUGCCCCCGCAUGCGAAGAUGCCCAAGGUGACGGUGCACACCGAUCCCGAUUACCUCAGGAGGCCCGGCAGGACGGGCGAGAUGGGCGAGACCGUCGACCUCGCCCGACCAUGGCUGGCCUCGCUCGUCGCGAAGCCGAGGCAGGGCGAUCCGACAGACCCGCUUUGGACUUUCACGAUGACCGACGUGAAGAGGGCUUUCGACAGCGCGGCCACCUCCCUCGACCUCGGGGUACUGCAACCCGUGCUGUGCAUGGCGCAGCGCAGUGGUGCCUCGAUCGACAGGCAGCCCGCCUCGGUCCGACGCCUCGAGAAGCGGGGGCUGAUCCAGGCGGUGUGGAAGUGGAUGAGCACUCAGGCUCGCGAGUGCUCCCUGCGCGCGGAGGCCGAGCUGCCCGCGCUGCUCGCCGCCGCCU